AUGUGGGGUAAAAUCACAUCACAUAUCGGAGUUUGGUUAGGAUUAGAGGAACCGGAUAGGCCAAUGAGAGCUUCUUGUUCAAUGUCAAUGAUACAUCAUCCACAAAUGACUACGGUUCGAAAUUCGAAGUCGAGCGAUAAUUUGCAUAGGGUUGGUUAUAGGGGAGAUAUUUUUGGGUUUCUAGAUCACAAGAAUAUUGUUUUGGUCUGGAAGAGGUAGCCGAGAAAUUCAAAUUUCAUUUUUCUAGGCAGUGAAAAAUCAUUCUGUCCUUGUUUGAAUUCUUUGUGCCUUGAAAAAGCAUCCUGACCGAGUAUAUUUUCCAAAAAUUCACUAGAAAACCAAAUGCAGACUUUUUAUACCUUUAAAGUUCAAAAACGAGCUCAAUUUUUUCUAAUUUUUAGAUAACCGUCUCUCCCCAACGAAUAACCGAUGUCAACGAAUCGCCAACAAUUCGAAAAGUCAGUUUUGUGUCCAAAAAAUGCACGGCACGCAACUCAUCCUGUUUGUUUUUCCAGACUUCCUCUAUCUUCACACUUCGGCGAAGUCGAAACAAAGAGAAAAAAUUGAAAAACGGUUGGUUUUUGGGCGGAAAAUUUUAGGCAAUUUUAUUGUCAAAGAUAACAUUGUUUUCUGUUUUCUUUUCACAUCUCAAUUUUGAAAAUUUUCUCAGAGAAAAAAGAAAAUGUUCCAUAGUUUAUUCAGUUCAGGUUUGAAUAAUUUCAGCCAAAUUGAAAAAAAAUACUGAAAAUUUGCAGGUUCACCGAAAGUGAAAAAUGUUGGAGAGAUGACACAAUCGUGGCAUUCGCAUAAUCAAAUUAAUACAAUUUUGUCGGCAACGCAAAAUUCGACGCCCGAAAAACAACAGAGAAAAGACAGUCCGAAGGAGAAGAAUAUUUUCAGCUUUUUAAGGUUGGAAUGGGUUUUUUUUUGGGAAAAUUUUGCUCUAGAAAUCUGGGGUUAAAACUGACAAUAAAAAUUCUGCACUUCAAAUUCUCGGAAUUUUUCAGAAUUUUUGAAACCUAAUUUCAAAUCAAGAAUUUUUACGAUAAAAAUUGGAGUUGCCUAAUUGUAAGCGAUUUCUCAGAAUUCUCUUGAAAUUAAAAAAUUCCGGAAUUUUCUUGAAAUUGCCAAAGAAAAAACUAAUAAUUUUUUAAAAUCUAAAAUUAACAUUUUCAGCCGUCAAUCUCGGUCCCGUUCUGGAAAUCCAGCCGACCACAACAAUAUAAGCAUCUCGAAAUCACCCUCAAUAAUUUCGCCACUAUCUCAAGCUUCAAAUACUUCAACAUCUUCAAAAACAACGACACCAACAAGUCAAAGUGUGGCUGAUUUCACGCAUUUGCGAAAAAGACGGCCAAGAUCAGCACAUUAUGAUCCAAAUACAAUACAAUUGCCAGCAAAAAAAGAGAUUGAAUCGCAAAAUGUAGAAGAUUUAUAUGAGAAAAUCGAAAAAUUGGGUGAAGGCAGUUAUGCAACAGUUUAUAAAUGCGAAUCAAGAUUGGAUAACUCGAUUGUAGCACUGAAAGAGAUCAAACUACAAUUUCAAGAAGGUCUUCCUUUCACAGCAAUUCGAGAAGCUUCUCUUCUACGUAAUCUUAGACACGCUAAUAUUGUAUCAUUACACGAUAUUUUCUAUCAACAUAAUCAAUUGACAUUCGUUUUCGAAUAUAUGAAAAUGGAUUUGAGCAAAUAUUUGGAGCAAAAUGUUUACGGGUUGGAUAGUUUCGAGAUUAAAUUGUUGUUGUUUCAAUUGUUGAGGGGAUUGGAUUUUUGUCAUCGGAAGAAGAUUUUGCACCGGUAUGUGAUUUUUGAGGGCAAGGGAGAAACAGGAAAAGCCGAAAAAGCCACGUGGUAAUUGAAAUUUCAAAAAUAAAAAAUUCUGGCACAGGAAAAACCACGUGGCAGUGAAAUUCUAGUUUUUUUUACAUUGACAAUCGUCAGAAAACUCAGAUUCACUAUAUGAAAAGUGUCAGUAUUUGAGUCGAAAAAACUAUGCUUAUUCGAUGUCAGAAAACGUGGAUUUUCAUUCGAAAAUCAAAUCCACACUAAUUUUCACACUAAAAACUUCCAAAUUUUGCAGCGAUCUCAAGCCGCAGAACCUGCUACUCGACGAAGAUGGUGUGCUCAAACUGGCUGAUUUUGGUCUGGCUCGCGCAAAAUCUGUUCCAUCGCGCACUUAUUCGCACGAAGUUGUCACACUUUGGUAUCGGCCACCAGAUGUUCUACUAGGAUCAACUGAUUAUUCGACAUCGUUGGAUAUGUGGGGCGUGGGUUGUAUUUUUGCGGAGAUUUGCAGUGGAACUGCAUUGUUUCCGGGGACCAAAGAUGUUGUUGAUCAAUUGGACAAGAUUUUUAGUGUGAGAGGUGCACCGGAUCAUCAGAAAUGGCCAGAGGUAACUUCUUUUCCUUACUCUUUUCUUUCGUCUUUAACCCACCUGCUUUUCCAGGUUCUUUCCCUCCCUCGUUACACUCCUGAUCUAUUUCCGCGCUACCGUGAACUCUCCUUCAUCGCCGUCAAUCCAAUGUUCACAAAAAUCUUGAAAAGCGGCCAAGAACUUCUCGGAAUGCUACUACAACUUCGUCCAGAAAGCCGUGUUUCUGCAGCUUCUGCGAUGCUCCACCCAUAUUUCGCCUCUCUUCCACGAGAAAUACACCUUCUGGCACCAAAUCAAUCGAUUUUCAAGUUGCCCGAAUUGAGGGAUUUUAAAGCAUUCUAA